AUUACUACUACUUGUGCAUACGCAUUUUCAUUUCCCUCGAUUAUAAAAUAUUUGCUGAAUUUUAGAGAUUUCAAGAACUUGGGUCUUGUCAAAAUCUAAUCUUUUGCAGUCGGGAAGACAUACAUUUCUCAUAUCUCUCUCUCUCUGGAAGAAAAUGGGGGAGAAGAGUAGUUCGAAAGGAGGUUGGUGCAGUUGGUUUAUAGCCUUCAUAGUUUCGGGUGUUGUGGCUUUGGCUGUUUUCUUCACUGUUAGAUCCAAGAUUCACAAAUCUGACUCUGGACCUGCCCCUGUUCCUGGCCCUCCCGGCGCCAUUGACAAGAAAUAUGCUGAUGCUCUCAAGGUUGCAACCCAGUUUCUCGACAUACAAAAAUCUGGAAAGCUGGAGGAUAAUCGGAUUACUUGGAGGGGGGAUUCGGCUUUGGAUGACGGGAGUGAGGCAAAAUUGGAUCUUUCCAAGGGAAUGUACGAUGCCGGUGAUCAUAUGAAGUUUGGAUUUCCCAUGGCUUUCACUGCCACAGUGUUGUCGUGGUCCAUCCUCGAGUAUGGCGACCAAAUGAAGGCUGUAGAUCAGUUGGAGCCCGUCCAAGGCUCUCUUAAGUGGAUCACAGACUUCCUCAUUAACGCUCAUCCUACUGAUAAUGUGUUAUACAUUCAGGUGGGGAGCCCUAAAAUGGACCAUAGCUGUUGGGAGAGACCCGAGGACAUGAACGAGGCAAGGCCUCUCACGCAGGUGAACACGUCUGCUCCAGGAACCGAUGUUGCUGCAGAAACAGCAGCUGCUCUAGCAUCAGCAUCUCUGGUGUUUAGGAGCAGCGAUUCUGCGUACUCAGCCACACUUCUCAAGCAUGCUAAACAAUUAUUUACUUUCGCGGACAAAUACAGAGGAUCGUAUAGUGCCAGCAUUCCCGAAGUGCAAACAUUCUACAACUCCACUGGCUUCGGUGAUGAGCUCUUGUGGGCAGCAAGUUGGCUCUUUCAUGCAACACGGGAUCGAUCAUACAUGGAAUACCUGACUGGAAAGAAUGGCGAAGAUUUCGCUGAUUGGGGCGGCCCAACGUGGUUUAGCUGGGACAACAAGCUGGCGGGAGUGCAGGUUCUCCUGUCUCGAGUCUCCUUCUUCGGAUCAAAGGACGUCUCCAAUUCCAACGUUCUCAACAAGUAUAGAGAGUCGGCAGAAGCAGUCAUGUGUGGUCUAUUACCCAAAUCUCCAACUGCUACCACUAGCAGAACACACAGUGGAUUAGUAUGGAUAAGUCAAUGGAACGCCUUACAGCAUCCCGUCGCCUCAGCCUUUCUUGCGGUCAUAUACAGCGAUUACAUGCUCUCGUCCCGAACAGCAAAGUUGUCUUGUAACGGAAGAGAUUUCAGGCCGUCAGAUCUGCGAAAGUUCGCAAUAUCUCAGGCAGAUUUUGUAUUGGGAAACAACCCUCUGAAAAUGAGUUUUCUUGUGGGCUAUGGAGAUAAGUAUCCCCAAUAUGUCCAUCACAGAGGAGCCUCAAUUCCAACUGAUGCAACGACCGGUUGCAAGGACGGUUUCAAAUGGCUCGAGUCGGAACAGCCAAACCCUAACGUUGCGAUGGGGGCGCUAGUCGGUGGGCCAUUUCUCAACGAGUCAUUCGUGGAUUCAAGAAACAACUCGAUGCAAACUGAACCGAGCACCUACAACAGCGCAGUUAUAAUUGGCCUUCUCUCAGCUCUGGUGACUACAUCGUCCGUCACUCAAUCUUUCACGUAGAAAACCGUUCGUUCGCUUGCUGCACCAUUUCAUGCUUAGAUUUUUUUCAUAUUUAGAGUGCUUCUUAGGGAAUGUGCUUUAUGUGCAUAUCUAUCCAUCUUGAGUGUAAAUUUUGUAGUAAAUGCUUGAACUUGUUGUCUUGUUCUAUAUAUGUAUGCUUACAUGGAUGCUAGUUGAUUGCAUACAAGUGCCUAAUUGUUAUUGAAA